CACUUCUUGUGGCUCACGUUGUGCACAUAACAUGUUAAGGAGGCGUUCUUUGUGCCAUUGUUCAAUCAAGUAAAAACGAGAAAACGGAUAAAUGGACCGUGGGUCAAAGCACAGGCAGGUGAAGCCUCUGGCUGCCUCUCUGCUGGACGCCUUAGAUUAUGACAGCUCAGAUGACAGUGAUUUUGAAGUGGGAGACGCAGAUGCCUCAGGGUCAGAGGGUAGUGCCAUUGGGAGUGAUGAGGAGGGGUCCAAGGAGGAGAGCGCUGCUGAGGACUCUGACAACGACAGCGACUCUGACAACAUCGGCUAUGCAAUGGACGGUGAGGAACAGACCAAGGAGCUGACAGGUGACGACACCCCCACAGAGGAAGAGGAGAGGACCAAGGAAGAGCAGCCAUCCUCUGACACUAGCAUCACCACCACUAAAGACCCUGCUCCAUCAGGGGUGCCCAGGGGCCGACGGAGGAGAGAGGAGAAGGCCUCGGACACAGAGGCUGGGAGUGGAGGAAGCGGGAGUGGCACAGCGACACAGGAUCCCAAGAAGUGGAACCUGCGUUGUAAACGCCCCAUGCUGGACUUCACCACCAUGGAAGAGCUCAACGAGAUGGACGACUACGACAGCGAAGACGACAAUGACUGGAGGCCCACCUCCGGCAAGAAGAAAGCCAAGACGGAGGCCACUCAGAGAGGAGGAAGCGAGGGAGAGGAGGCGGAGGAGGAAGAUGACGACGGAGGGAGCGGUAGUGAGGAUGAUGACAACGAUGGUGGUGAUGAUGAAGAUGAGAACGAAGAAGGGAGCAGUAGCGACAGUGAUAAAGAGGUGAAGAAACCCAAUAAGAAAGUGAUAAGCAGUAUUGUGCUUGACAAGGAGCUGACCAAUGACAGCAUGUCACAGAGAAAGAGCAAAAAGGAUGCCCUGCUGGAGCGUGCCCAGGCGUGGAGCGCGGUGGCCCAGAGGAUGGAACACGUCCUGAUCUGCUGCGUGUGUCUGGGAGACAACAGCGAGGACGCUGACGAGAUCAUCCAGUGUGACAACUGUGGUGUGACUGUACACGAAGGUUGUUAUGGAGUGGACGGGGAGAGCGAUUCCAUCAUGAGUUCUGCCUCGGAGAACUCUACGGAACCGUGGUUCUGUGAUGCCUGCAAGAACGGAGUCACACCCAGCUGUGAGCUCUGCCCCAAUCAGGACGGGAUCUUCAAAGAGACUGACGCUGGGAGAUGGGUCCAUGUGGUUUGUGCGCUCUACGUCCCUGGAGUAGCGUUUGGGGACAUUGAUAAACUACGACCAGUGACUCUCACAGAGAUGAAUUACUCCAAGUAUGGGGCCAAGGAGUGCAGUUUCUGCGAGGACACCCGGUUCGCCCGGACAGGCGUGUGUAUCAGUUGUGAUGCUGGCAUGUGCCGAUCCUACUUCCAUGUGACCUGUGCUCAGAGGGAGGGGCUUCUCUCCGAGGCAGCUGCGGAGGAGGACAUAGCCGAUCCCUUCUUUGCGUACUGUAAGCAGCAUGCGGACCGCUAUGACAGGAAGUGGAAGAGGAAGAACUACCUGGCUCUCCAGUCCUACUGCAAGGCGUCUCUACAGGACAAAGAGAAGCAGCUGGCCCCCGAGGCACAGAACCCCUGGCAGGCCCGUAUUACCACCCGGCUGCAGCAGUACCGGUCCAGGGCAGAGCUGUCCCGUAACACCCGGCCCCAGGCCUGGGUCCCCCGGGAAAAGCUGCCGCGACCCCUGACCUCCAGCGCCUCCGCCAUCAGGAAACUCAUGAGGAAGGCUGAGCUCAUGGGCAUCAGCACGGACAUCUUCCCCGUAGACACGUCAGACAUCAGCGCCAGUGUGGACGGACGCAGGAAACACAAGCAGCCCGCCCUCACUGCAGACUUCGUCAACUAUUACCUGGAGAGGAACAUGAAGAUGGUGCAGAUCCAGGACAAUAUCUCUGAGCAGAAGAGCCUCAAAGACAAGCUGGAGAGUGAGCAGGAGAAGCUGCACGUCGACUACAACAAGCUGUGUGAGUCUCUGGAGGACCUGCAGAAUCUCAACAGUGUUCUGAGGAGUGAGGGCCAGGUCAUAUGGACCAUGCUGGGAGGAAUCCUAGGACAGAAACUGAACUCCCCGUCGGUCCUGAAAGCCCCUAAAGAGAGGAAGCCCAGCAAGAAGGAGGGAGGAGCUCCUGGGAAGUCCUCCAGCCUACCAGCUGUCCUCUACAGCUGUGGGAUCUGUAAGAAAAACCAGGACCAGCAUCUCCUGCUCCUGUGUGACACCUGCAAGCUCUACUACCAUCUGGGCUGUCUGGAGCCUCCGCUGACACGCAUGCCCAAGAAGACCAAGAACAGCUACUGGCAAUGUUCAGAGUGUGACCAGGCCAGUAGCGAUGAUGCCGACAUUGCCAUGGAGACCCAGCCCGACGGCACCAAAAGGUCUCGGAGACAGAUUAAAGGACCAAUCAAAUUCAUCCCUCAGGAGAUGUCCCCAGAGCCCAAGAAACGAGAUGUUAUUGUCCUGCUGAAUGGUGGAUUUGUCUCCCAGUGUCUAUUGGAAAGCAGACUGAACCAGAGAACCAGAGGACAGAAGAGGAAGAGGGUGUCCGUCUGUGAAGAAGAAAAGUUUGAGGUGCAGGAACCGGCUCUACGGGAGUGGCAUCAGCGCCAGUCUGCGAUGCAAAAGAAGACACCUAAAGCAGACGACACUAGGACCGACUGUACAUCCUGCAAAGGACCUGGGGACAACGAGAACCUCGUCAGGUUGUGAGAGCCGGGGCAGACACCUCUCCUCACCUCCCCACACCUUGACACAGCUGGACUGUUGAGAGAGAGAAGCAGACCUUUGGCUUAGAGGCAGAGAGGGACUUAAUUAUGUGGAAGAAUGACAGCGGCGGUGUGGGAUCAGAUGGCCAUCUUUGACCUUUCAACCACGGUCUUCUUCGUGACCCAAAUUGGACCUUCUACUGGCCGUCCAAUUAAAAUUGAGGGAGAGAGGCAGAAAUGGAAAUUAACUUUGAUGAAUUCUAAAAUACUUGUUGAAAUUAGCUAAUGAAGUUUUGGAAGUUUCAGUAUUACUGAACUGGUCGUUCUUGGAAGAAACAACAGGCCCUUUAUGAUCAUCACUGCCAACUCUAAGAGUCCAUCUCUAAGGACUAAGGUCUAUCUAGAGUAAGGAGGGAUUCUGAAACUGAACAAUAUUACUAGAUGCAUCUCAUUGGUUACCUGUCUGUCUGCUCCUCUCUAUUCCUCUAACAAUGGUGCUUCUUCUCUUCCCCUUUUUUGUCUCCCUUGUUCCCUUUUCUGUUUCUCUACCCCUGUCUCUUCACUCUCUCCUCAGCCCCAUUCCCUCUCUCAUCCAUUCUAUGUUGGCACUUCACUCCUUUGACCUCCCUAAGCAUCUUAUCACCACAUCCAAUCAGUUGUAUUGACUCGAGUCAUUUGUGGUCCAAUCACAUAGUGUUUUCCUCAGUAAAGGCCUUUAAUUGGAGAUGCACUUGAACUUAAGCUCUCAUCAUCUUCUUCUAGUGUUGUGUUGUCAUCAAGUAGAACUUUCUAGAGUAGAGGAAAAGUAGUGAUUUUUAGUAGAAUGAUUUUCCUUUCUGUUUUUUGAGAAGUACUGUAAGUAGCUGCUUAGAUAAGGUUUAACAUAUUGAAAAUAGCAACAUUCGUAGUAAUGGUUAUUGUAACUUCUAAUGUGAAUGUGUGUGUACAGUAGGUUUUUAGUCUCCCUAAAAACUCUCUCUUUAAUAUUUUUUAAAUAACAGUUUAACUCUGAGUUCUAUUGGAAGUGUGUGUGUGCACGUGUCUCCCCAGUGCCCCAUAGUGAGUGCUGUCAACUGAGCAGCUGCCAUGUGGUCUGUCUGUCAGGGUCCUUGACAGAAGUGUCACAGUUUGCCCUCACAUGUCACUCCUCCGCUCAUCUCCCCCAUCCCAGGACCCUCUAUGUCACUACUCCUCUCUUCUGCCCAUCUGUCUGGGGACCCUAUAUCAAUGGCUCUGGGAGCUGCCAAACCUCACAAUGCUUAGGUCCACUGGAAAAUCUGCUGAGGAAAUAAAUAUGGUGGUUUGGUAGUUUUCCUGUGGAGAUUAGAGAUGCCUGUACAGGAUGACCUGGUCACUCACCACGUCAUGUCACCCCCACGAGCCCUCCUCAUCCUUCUCAUCCUCUUCCGUCUCCUCCUCAAAAAAAUUAGAGGACUGUCCAUGAGCUACAGCCUCUAGCUAACCCUACUACAGCUAACCAGCUAACUCUACUACAGCUAACCAGCUAACCCUACUACAGCUAACCAGCUAACCCUACUACAGAUAACCCUACUCCAGCUAACCCUAAUGCAACUAACCCUACUGCAGUUAACCCUACAUUCAGCUAACCUUACUCCAGCUAACCCUACUCCAGCUAACCCUACUCCAGUUAACCCUACUAAAGCCAACCCUACUACAGCUAACCAGCUAACCCUACUACAGAUAACCAUACUCCAGCUAACCCUAAUGCAACUAACCCUACUGAGGUUAACCCUACUUUCAGCUAACCUUACUCCAGCUAAACCUACUCCAGCUAAUCCUAUUCCAGUUAACCAUACUAAAGCCAACCCUACUACAGCUAACCCUACUCCAACUAACCCUACCCUACUACAGCUAACCCUACUCCAACUAACCCUACCCUACUACAGCUAACCCUACUCCAACUAACCCUACCCUACUACAGCUAACCCUACUCCAACUAACCCUACCCUACUACAGCUAACCCUACUCCAACUAACCCUACUCCAGCUAACCUUACUCCAGCUAACCCUACUCCAGCUAAUCCUAUUCCAGUUAACCAUACUAAAGCCAACCCUACUCCAACUAACCCUACCCUACUACAGCUAACCAGCUACCCCUACUCCAGCUAACUAGAUACUCCAGCUAAUCCUACCCUACUCCAGCUAACCCUACCAUACUCCAGCUAACCCUACCAUACUCCAGCUAACCACCCUACUCCAGCUAACCCUACCCUACUACAGCUAACCAACUAACCCUACUCCAGCUAACCCUACCCUACUCCAGCUAACCCUACUCCAACUAACCCUACUCCAGCUAACCCUACCAUACUCCAGCUAACCCUACCCUACUCCAGCUAAAGCUAACCCUACUCCAGCUAACCCUACCCUACUACAGCUAACCAACUAACCCUACUCCAGCUAACCCUACCCUACUCCAGGUAACCCUACCCUACUACAGCUAACCAACUAACCCUACUCCAGCUAACCUUACCCUACUCCAGCUAACCCUACUCCAGCUAACCCUACCCUACUACAGCUAACCAAUUAACCCUACUCCAGCUAACCCUACCCUACUCCAGCUAACCCUACCCUACUACAGCUAACCAAUUAACCCUACUCCAGCUAACCCUACCCUACUCCAGCUAACCCUACCCUACUACAGCUAACCCUACUCCAGCUAACCCUACCCUACUCCAGCUAACCAGCUAACCCUACUCCAGCUAACCCUACUCCAGCUAACCCUACCCUACUCCAGCUAACCAGCUAACCCUACUCCAGCUAACCCUACUCCAGCUAACCCUACUCCAGCUAACCCUACUCCAGCUAACCCUACCCUACUCCAGCUAACCCUACCCUACUCCAGCUAACCAGCUAACCCUACUUCAGCUAAUCCUACCCUACUCCAGCUAACCCUACCCUACUCCAGCUAACCCUACCCUACUCCAGCUAACCCUACCCUACUCCAGCUAACCCUACCCUACUCCAGCUAACCAGCUAACCCUACUCCAGCUAACCUUACUCCAGCUAACCCUACCCUACUCCAGCUAACCAGCUAACCCUACUCCAGCUAACCCUACUCCAGCUAACCCUACCCUACUCCAGCUAACCCUACUCCAGCUAACCCUACUCCAGCUAACCCUACUCCAGCUAACCCUACCCUACUACAGCUAACCAGCUAACCCUACUCCAGCUAACCCUACUCCAGCUAAUCCUACCCUACUACAGCUAACCCUACCCUACUACAGCUAACCCUACCCUACUACACCUAGCCAGCUACCCUACCCUACUCCAGCUAGCCCUACCCUACCCUACUACAGCUAACCAGCUAACCCUACUCCAGCUAGCCCUACCCUACUACAGCUAACCAGCUAACCCUACCCUACUACAGCUAACCCUACUCCAGCUAACCCUACCCUACUACAGUUAACCAGCUAACCCUAGCCUACUACAGUUAACCAGCUAACCCUAGCCUACUACAGUUAACCAGCUAACCCUACCAUACUACAGCUAACCAGGUAACCCUACUUCUACUAACCUUAGCUCUGGCUCUGUAUAUAUAUAACCAUCAGACCAAGGGUUAGGCUAUGGCCAACUGUGUAUCUGACUGUAGCCUACAGUAAAUGUACUUUUAACAUGGCAGUACGUGGUGUGUUCCAUCCGUUUAGCGUGUGUGAAUGAACACCUGGUAGCUGUGUUGUGUGAUCGGUGUGUACAGUAUUUAUUGAUUGAUUGAAGUCCAUGCUUUUUUGUGUCUUAUUUGUGCAUUCAUUCUUGAUUUUAUAUCGCAAUACGCCUUUUGUUAUUACUGUAUUGUGAAGAAAUUGAGUUAAGCUGACUUUUGUGUAGGAACCUUAAAGGACUCCUUGCUAGGCAUAUUAAUUGUUUACAUAUUUGUUUACAAUACAUGCCUUUAUGCUACUAUUUUUUUACACACAUAAACACACAUAUAUGUGAUUAGUAUUAUUUGUAUAUUUCUAUAUGUAAUUAUUUCUAACAUGUUGUGGUAUUACCACAUACAGUAACUGUGAUAUACUGUAUGGAGUAAGAAUGUUGCUGCUCUCAUGAUAUGUGUGAAUGUGAAGUAUCCCGAACUCCCAGCCCCUAUGGCCCUCAGCAUUACAGCAGAGCUUUAAUAAACUCUUGACUUUUUCA